GUACAAAAAUCAGCGGUUUGUUCAGAUGUUAACAUCUAAGUCAGUAUCUGUUCAACAAUGGAAUUAAAUGGAUCAGUUGGUUCGAAAAAUUACAAAAAAUUACCGUUUGAAAUAGUGUCUAUCGACGAAGCAUCGAAGGAACGGGUCCUGUUAUAUUUUAAAGGACCUUUCGCUGGUUUGCUACAAGUAGGACCCGAGAAAUGGAUUAUGCCAAAACAGUACUCACAAUGUGCUGAAAAAUUGUAUAACUUUGAAGCACGUUCAGAUGACAUCUGGAUUACAACCUAUCCACGAUCAGGCACAACAUGGACACAAGAAAUGAUGUGGCUACUAUGUAACGACCUGAACUAUGAAGCAGCGAAAGAAACGGUACUGGGCGCUCGUUUUCCAUUUUUCGAGAUGAAUGCGCUGAUGGUAGAUGAAAAUUCGAGCGAUGAUGAAACGGUGCGAUUGAAAAAAUUUCUUCCGCCAUCACCCUUAGAUGUUUUACCUGAAAUGACUUCUCCACGAUUCAUCAAAACUCAUCUUCCGAUAAAGCUGAUGCCUCACGAUGUCCUAUCGAAAGGCUGCAAAAUUGUCUACGUCGCCAGGAAUCCAAAAGAUGUCGCAGUCUCCUACUAUCAUUUUGUCAAAAAUCCUGCAUUUAGUUACACUGGCAACUUUGAAGAAUUUGCGGAUUUUUUCAUCGAUAACUUAGUUAUUUGGGGCUCGCAUUUGGAACAUGUAAAAGAUGCAUGGAACCGUCGCAACGACAGUAACGUUUUGUUUCUGUUUUAUGAAGAUUUGCUAAUUGAUUUGGAAAAUUCUCUAAAAAAAUUGGCUUCAUUCCUCGGACGUCCACUAUGCGACAAGGAUCUUCCAGAUUUGAUGGAACAUCUGAACAUUGAUAAUUUCAAAGAUAAUAAUUCUGUCAACAUGAAGGAUGUAAUGGAAAAGGGCGGUUCCAAAUGGAGCUUUAUUCGUCGCGGUCGAAUCGGAGGCAAUCAGGAAAUGACUGCUGAAAUCUCUAAGAAAUUCGACGAAUGGACUGAUGAGCAACUGAAGGGUACUGGAAUACGAUUUAAUUGUUAGUUAUACAAUUCAAGUAUAAUGUUAAUCGAGUUGCUAUUACUUUAAAGACGUCACAUCAAACAGAUAAGAAACGGAAUAAUUAUCUGAACAACACUGAUAACGUUAAUAAAAUAUGUUUGUU